UCCCAUUUCAAAAAAUAGUUUAACUCCGCUCCAUAAACAAGUGUUAUCGUCUCUCAUUUUCUGUCAAAGCCCAUUUCAAGAAUCUUGAUAUUGGCGCCGUAAACUGUUGAUGGGUUGUUCCACUUCACUUUAGCUUAGUCUGAAUCAAAGUUCACAGCUUUAUGCGUUUGCUGCGGAUUCUUGAACUAAAAAUGAUGGUUUAGCAAUAUUUUAGUGGAUUUUUUUUUAUCUGAUUGAGGUGUUUUGAUUGACAAUGUUGCCUGUUUCUUCCGCUACAACCAGCUGCUCUUGCCAUGGACAGAGUUCAAUCUAUGGAGGUUUGAAAUCUUUAUCCUCAUACGCUAGGGCAUUUGAUAUCAGCAGUGUGAAUAAAUCAGUCAAGAAAAUCUCGAAUUUCUCUAGGCAAAGAGUCACUACGUGUUUAUACUCGGAUUAUGUUGUGAAAGAUGAUCAAUGUGGCUCCAUUGACACUAUUAAUCAGUCAUUGUAUCAGAGUACUCGAUUAGGGGUCGGUGAUGAAAUGCGUGGUUUAGGGCCUAAUUUGGUGUUUGUUGAUAGCUCGGGUGAGUCUCAGCUAACGGAGUUUCUCAGUAAGGCCGUUGAUAGCACUGAUCUCCAACCAAGCUAUGUCGAUCCGGACCUUCCUAUGUCCGUUAGUAGUGUGACAGUUGAUCCUGCUGUGGCGUCUGAUUCAUUGCUCAUUGAAGUGAACCCCUUGUCUGUCCAAAACACACAGCUCGCAGAUAUUGUUGAGGGAGGAGAGGAUUUUAUAAACAAUUCAAUAGAAACCGUCACCUCUUCGUUCAAUGCUGCCCUAACGAGUGCUAGUGAGGCGGCUGAUAGUGUCGUCAAGGACAUCAACACGUUCCUUGAUCAAACUGGAGAAUCAGCUGGUAACAGGCUGAGUGGUGUGUCUAGUGGAUUGAAGGAAGGAUCGGGUGCAGCAGCCUCUGUUGCACUUGAUGUGUUGAGGCGAAUACUAGUUGCGGUGGAGGAUUUGCUAACGAAGAAUGUUGGAUAUGCUUAUGAUUCUGCAAAGGGAUUUCUUCCUCAAGAUUAUCAAGAUGUGGUUAGAUCAGGUGAAGGACGCGUUGCAGAAGUAUUGGGCCCUAUUGGUGCUGCACUACAGCAGGUUUACAUCGCGUUGGAGGGAUUUGAAGAAAGAGUAGGCUUGGACCCAAAUGAUCCACUUAUUCCGGUUGUUCUUGUAUUUGGGGCUUCAGCCAUUGUGUGGGGUUCGUAUAGAGUGUUGAAGUAUAGUGGAUAUGCUGGUGAUUUAUCUCCUGAAUUAGCUAUGGAGCUGUUACGAGGGAAUAACAACGCUGUGCUUAUUGAUAUUCGGCCCGAGAACCUCAGGGACAGAGACGGAAUUCCUGAUCUUCGGAGGAGUGCUCGGUUCCGAUAUGCGUAUGUAGGGCCACCCAAGGUUGACAGCUCCAUCAAAACUCUGCUGAAGGGAGGAAGAGAUUUGGAGGACUCGUUGCAUGCUGUCAUUAUUCGUGACCUCAAAAUUGUUCAAGACAGGUCCAAGGUUUUGGUUAUGGAUGCUGACGGAUCUCGUUCGAAGGGUGUUGCAAGAUCAUUGAGGAAGCUUGGAACCAAGAGACCAUAUCAAGUACUAGGUGGAUUUGAAUCCUGGGUGAAAGAAGGGUGUCGCAUUAAAGAGCUGAAACCCGAGACAACGUUUACCAUACUCAAUGAGGAAGCUGAAGCUAUCUUGGAGGAAAUCAAACCAACCCCAUUGAAAGUUGUUGGUUUUGGAGUGGGCGUUGCUGCAGCAGUUUAUUCGUUAUUAGAGUGGGAAACGACACUCCAGUUUAUCGGUGUUAUCGGCCUUGGUCAGACUAUACUCCGACGAAUCACUUCAUAUCAAGGCGCAGAAGACUUUCAGCAAGAUUUAAGGUCUCUGCUAGCUCCAGUCACACUUGGGAAUCAGGCAGUUUCAUGGGCUGCUGGGAAGCUGGAGACAAACCGGAACGGACUCCCAACAUCACCCUCCUCAUCAGACGUCCAAAGCCGGGUGCUGCAAGCUGCGGCAAAGCUAGAAUCUCAACCCCCUGGCACUGUGGAUACACAAGAUUUGCCUCAAGUUGGAUCUUCUGGCAAUGAGGAAGUAAAUAUAUCUGAAGCAUAGGAGAAUAUUUGUACUUGAAAAAACAAACUUGCACAUAAUGGCUUGGAUUCUGGUGCUUUCCUCAUGUUGUAAGAAAUAAUAUGAACCACUCUUGAUUUAA